AUGUCAACUACUGAACUGAGCAGCUCAAGCCUCAAGAAACUCGAAGAAGAAGCGAGACGCGCACAGUUAGCGAGGUUCGAAAAGGACAAGGCAUUAAAGGAGAAAUAUAAAAAACAUCCGCCCUGGUCGGCGGAGGACUGGCAAAGAGCUAAGGCAGCACCGCCACGACCGCCGGUUCGGUACCCCGUCAUCAUAUCGAGUUCGGGAACUUUCCCCACCGCUGAGAAAGUGAAAGAAGUUGCCAAUCUCCCGAGCGUGCCGGAGGUACUAUGGACGACCAUGACGACGAUGUUCGACAGCGAGCCAGAGCCGGAAGAACCGGAAAAGGUGCAAUACUGCGUCCUUGACUUCGAUGCUUUGCAGUUGAUUGAGAACUACGCAAAGGGUGAAGAUGUGGCGAUUUGGUUUGAGGGCAAGAAGCGAACGGCUUGGUUGUCACCCCGUAGACCUCGUCAAAAGAGACAGCCUCCACCAGGUGAACCACCAGGGGUUUUUGCCCCUGCCUUCGAUGAUGAUUCCUCUACCGAGGGUUAAUGAAUUGCACUUGAAACGUCUAAAAGAGGCUCAUUUAGCUUCUGGAGAACUUGAACACAAACAAGAAAGCUUGCCCCAUACCAGAUAUUUCAAAAAAAACAUGGAAACUUCAUUUUACCCAUUCGAGUUUUUUUUUUUUUUUGUGGUGGACAGUUGAAUCCCUCCAGAGAAGUUCAACACUUCAUCAUGUUAGUAAUGAUUUGC